AUGAGUCGCUCAACAACAAUCAAGCUUCCAGCAAUCGACAUCGCCGCUACGCACUCCCCGACCUCUUCCAGGUCGCGGAAGCGCAGUGCGAGCAUCGUCAAGGUCGAGGAGGUGUGCGAUCGUGUCGAGGAGUUGAUGGACCGGGGUGCAUAUGUGAACAGCAAUGCGGAUUGGGUCAAUGCUAAGGGUGCAUGGCUCAUCCACGUCGUCCUUAUAAUCUGUGGCAAGAUUGUCAUCGACACUCUGCCAGGAAUGUCUCAAGAAAUAAGCUGGACGCUAGUGAAUUUAAUAUACUUAGCGCUCUCCUACUUAAUGUUCCACUGGGUGACCGGCAUACCAUUCGAAGGUGGUCUACAUGCAGGAGCUUACGACGAACUCACGAUGUGGGAGCAAAUUGACGACGGCGCGCAAUAUACACCAGCGAAGAAAUGGCUCUUCACUGUGCCCGUAGGACUGUUCCUGGCAUCCACGCACUACACAAACUACAAUCCAUGGCUCUUCGCUAUCAACGUUACUGCCCUCGUCUUCGUACUAAUACCAAAGCUGCCGCAGCUUCACCGUCAACGAGUACGUUUCAUGACCGGAACCGACAGCGCCUCCGGCAUGGCGACUCCUCUAACACCAAGUUUCCCUAACUCCGAACCGUCAACGCCGACAAGGGACACCCCAGCCAACCUUACGGAGGCUCACUUCCGAUAA